AUGUCUGACAAACCUGACCUGACCGAGAUCGCCUGUUUCGACAAGACCAAACUGAAGAAGACUGAGACGAAAGAGAAGAACCCCCUGCCAACCAAAGAGACUAUUGAACAGGAAAGGAAAGGGGAUGCCACGCCUUAA